AGCAACAGUCACAUGACCGAGUCUUCGGCUGGUUACUUCCUCGUACCACGGUUGUUUUUCCUGCGGGAGAAAUUAACGGAUUCGCUUUGCUUCUCCGGUGAUACAACACAGCUGUAAUCCAGAUCCCGACAGUCAGGACUGGAGGAGAAAAACACCGGGGAAUACAACCAUCGACCUGUGCGUAGCGUUAAAUCGUGUUCACCUGUUAGCUACCUAAACUGCGGAGAGAUGAUCAUCGGAGGGGCGGGUAGCUAGUUGACUGGAUAAACGCCCGCCCUUUCGAUUUAGAAAAUAAAACAAACGCAGCAUUUUAUCUGCUAGAAGAAGGCCAGCUGCUGCUUUUGCUCCCCGUGACUAACGCUGACAUUAGCAGCAAGUGGUGGCUACUUGACGUUAGCUAGCUCUCUUUUCCCAAACAACCAGCCAUCGAUAUGUCGAAAUACACAAGCUUUCCAGAUCCGAUGGACGACCACAACCCUUUCCAGGACCCUGCAGUGACUCAACACAGCAGCAACACAGGAUAUGCCACACUGGACCUUUACAACCCAUUUGAUAACACGACCGGGCCUCCACCACCAUAUGAAGCCACCUCUCCCUCCGCUCCAUCUGUGCCUGCACAGACCCCACCCAGCAGGACAACACCCACUGAGCCUCGUAACUAUGGCUCCUAUAACUCCCAGACUGCAGUGAAUGCUACCACAGCAGAGCUCCUGAAGAAGCAGGAGGAGCUGGAGAAGAAAGCCCGGGAGCUGGAGAGGAGAGAGAGGGAGCUGGAGUCACACAGCCUGGGACCUGGAGCCACCCGUCAGAAUAACUGGCCCCCGCUGCCUUCAUUCUGCCCUGUGGGCCCCUGCUUCUACCAGGACAUCAAUGUGGAGAUCACUCAGCGCUUCCAGCGCACCGUCACCAUCAUGUACUACUUCUGGAUGUUCUGCACUUGCACGAUGCUCUUCAACCUCAUCUCCUCCCUGGCCAUGUUCUGCGUGGACCCCUCCGGUGGUGUUGGCCUGGGCCUCGCCAUCCUCUGGGCCCUCCUCUUCACCCCCUGCUCCUUCGUCUGUUGGUACCGACCUGUGUACAAAGCCUUCAGGAAUGACAGCUCCUUCAAUUUCUUUGUCUUCUUCUUCAUUUUCUUCGCCCAAGUAUUGGUCUACGUCAUCAUGACUAUUGGUAUCCCUGGAUGGGGUUUCAGUGGGUGGAUCGUAAGCCUGGCUGCUCUGAAGACCAGUGUUCCCGUUGGUGCGAUCAUGAUGGUGAAUGCCAUCCUCUUUACUGCCCAAGCCGCCAUGGGGGUUGUCAUGCUGAAGAAGGUCCACAGUCUGUACAGGCAGACCGAUGCCAGCUUUCAGAAGGCCCAGGCCGAGUUCGCUACCGGAGUCAUGUCCAAUCAGGCUGUACGCCAGGCCGCCACCACUGCUGCCACCAGCGCUGCCCAGGGGGCCUUCACUGCACCUCGAUAGAGAGGGCCGAGAGGGGUUGGGAGGGUAAGAAGUGGAGGAGGAGGAGGGCCCUUUCAGCUUGAUAGAGGAUCUGUUCAGUAUUUAUUUCCCCACAGGAGAUUAGAAUUUGAUUGGGGGUUGAAACUGAGUCUAUAUAAUUACCCCUAGGCAACUGAACUUCAGGGCACGUGCAUGAGACAGAGGUGGGGUUGUCUAAUUUCUAAAGGUGUACAGGACAAGUUAGCUACAUUGCCAAACCAGGAGUCAACAAACCUGUAGCUGAAGCUGUAUCAAAUUUAGUGCAGUUGUACCAAGUGUCAGUGAAUGCAGGGAAAAAGCUUUUUUUUUUGUAUGAAAAGACAAGAUGUGUGCCAAGCUGGGCAGUUCUAGCCUCGAUAUGUCCCGUUUUUACUUGGAUGUACAUUGUGAUUAUGAGGAAACAUGUUUGAGACAAAGAGUAGGCGCUGAACACUGAAAUGUUGCCAUUCUAACAUUUGAUCCAUAACUGAGUGGCUCGACUUUGGCCAACACUAUUAAUAACAAGUUGUUUUGUUAUUAUUUUCAAAUGAGAAUGCCUAUUUACCUUAUUGCCAAAACCUCUCAUACUGUAAAGAUUAUGAACAUGUGUUGUUUGGGUUACAAUAUAUCUGUCACUGUUCUGUUGGUGUUGCUUGUGGUUCUUAUGACUAUUACAGGUCACUGUCUUGGUUUUAAUAAAAAUAUAUUGUCAUGCUUA